GCGACACUGUCACAAGUCUUUCACCCCUUUCUGUAGUGGAAACCGCCUAGCUCCGCCCCCUGAAGGACGGGUCACAUGACGGUGACGUCAUCACAGGUCCUUCUGCUGUGUGGUGACUGCAGUUGUCCUGCUCUCUCUGCUAUCAGCCGUUCUUUCUGUAUACUGAGGCUAUAUUAUUUACAAGGGGCCCCCGCUGGCUGUGGCCCCCGGACUGCAUUUGUUAAUUUCUGGAUUUUGGUAAUAAGAGUUGUCUUGUGGCUCCAGUACAAGGGGCCUGCAGUACUAGAAGCCUCCAGUUCAUCCAUUUUUCUCCUGAAUGACCCACCAAAGAUGGACAGGAAGGAGAUCAGCAGAAGAAUAUUAGACUUCACCUUGGAGAUCAUCUCCCUGCUGAGCGGAGAGGACUACACAAUAGUGAAGAAGACAUCAGGGGGGAAUCCCAACAUCAGUGAGUUAGGAGGGUGGAGCAGAACCCCAAUUACAGAACUUCCCCCCCUGAUACAUGAGCAUAAGAUCCUCGAACUCACCCACAAGAUGAUGGAGCUGCUGACUGGAGAGGUUCCUGUAAGGUGUCAGGAUGUCGCUGUCUAUUUCUCCAUGGAGGAAUGGAAGUAUUUAGAAGGACAUGAGGACCUGUACAAGGAGGCCAUGAUGGAGGACCCCCGGACUCAGACGUCACAAUGUAAGAAGAGACACGUAGAAAUGCAUUGUAUGUUUUUGGGGGCGUUCCAUACAUACAAAUAUGUUGCAUAUUUCUUCACUAUUUGGAUUAUUAUUUUUAUGAAUAUUAAUAAUAUGAGACUUUGCAUUGUGUUUAUAUGUUACGUGUUAUAUGUAGUAAGUUUGUGA